GUUAGCAGUUAGCAUGCUCUCAGAUAUAAAGGCAAGUCGACGCUUGUGUUUAUUCAUAAAAUGUCACUAAAUAGACGCGUUAGCUUCCUAUACCCAGUGUAACAUUUGGAGGAGAUAGGUGCCAUGCUGGAAAAGCUUAGACAAGAUAUCCCAGGGAGAUUUCACCGGGCAGCUCGUUCACUUUUACUGUGAAGAUGCCAGCUGUAACCCGGGAUAAGGAGGACUCGGAAUCCUCCUCAGAGGACGAGCAAGAAGACCAUCCCUGCAUUACCUGGUGUGGCCUUAGCAAGAAAAUCCCAGUGCUUUUGUUUGUCCCUGAAGCUGCCGUCUCAAAAGAUGGCAACAUCUGCUCUGUUGGAGAGCGAUACAGCAUGGCCUUCAAGAUUGUACGCACAGAGAGCCGCCUGGUACGAGGAAUACUUACCAAUCAUGGAUUCCAUGAGGUUCAUCCAAAUAGUAAUGACUAUAACCUUAUGUGGACAGGAUCUCACCUCAAGCCUUACAUUCUCCGCAGCCUUCAAGACUUCCAGAAGGUCAACCACUUUCCCAGAUCAUAUGAGUUGACGCGCAAAGAUCGGCUCUAUAAAAACAUCCAGCGAAUGCAGCAGACUCAUGGCUUCAAAAACUUCCAUAUCGUUCCUCAGACGUUUGUGCUUCCCUCUGAAUAUCAGGAGUUCUGCAACUGUUUUGCUAAGGAUAAAGGCCCAUGGAUUAUCAAGCCAGUAGCAUCUUCAAGAGGGCGAGGCAUCUACUUGGUCAGCAAUCCAAAUCAGAUCUCAAUGGAUGAAAACAUCUUGGUGUCUCGCUACAUAAAUAACCCGCUAUUGAUAGAUGAGUUCAAGUUUGAUAUGCGACUGUAUGUGUUGGUGACGUCAUACGAUCCCCUCAUCAUCUAUGUAUAUGAGGAAGGCCUUGCCAGAUUUGCCACAGUCAAAUACGACCGGACAUCAAAGAACAUCAAGAACACAUUCAUGCAUCUGACUAACUACAGCCUGAACAAAAAGAGCAGCGAUUAUGUCAGUUGCGAUGACCCUGAAGUUGAGGAUUAUGGGAACAAGUGGAGUAUGAGUGCAGUGUUGAGGUAUUUGAAGCAGGAGGGGAAGGACACCACAUUGCUGAUGAAACAGGUGGAGGACCUCAUUAUCAAAGCUGUUUUAAGUGCUGAGCUACAGAUCGCCACUGCCUGCAAGAUGUUUGUUCCUCACAAGACAAACUGCUUCGAACUGUAUGGCUUUGAUGUCCUCAUUGACUCCAGCUUAAAACCCUGGUUGUUAGAGGUGAACCUUUCUCCCUCUCUGGCCUGUGAUGCACCAUUGGAUCUGAAGAUAAAGGCCAGCAUGAUUGCAGACAUGUUUUCGCUUGUAGGCUUUGUUUGUCAGGACCCCCUAUCGAGACAGCCGCGCUCUGACCGAGUCACCCUGGACCCCAGCCUGAAGCCCCAAGCAGCCCAAAGAAAUCAGAAACCUCAUUCUGCAUCAACAGCACAAGCACACAGUAGAGUGCGCCAGAGGCCUGCAACAGCCAGUAACUCUGAAACAGAGGUGUCCCAAGACAAGCAAGGAGACAGCACCCUGAGCUUAACUGCUGAGGAGAUCAAAGUGCUGAGAAGAAUAAAGGAGGAGUACGAGAGACGUGGGGGCUUCAUCAGGAUCUUCCCCACAGCAGAGACAUGGGAGCUUUAUGGUGGAUAUCUGGAGUCCAAGACAUCAAUGAACUACAUGUUGGCAAACCGACUUUUCCGUGGAAGAAAUAUGAAUGGGAAUGUGCAGCUGCAGGUGGACGCUGUCCAUGGCUGUCAUGUUGUCCAGUACGAGAGGAAGCUGCUAUCUCUGGAGGCACGUAAGAGGAGACAGCACCACCUGACUCAUCGUUCUGCUGCAGGGAGGAAGAAAUCUGGGAAGGAAUCCAAGGCCUCCCUGAGCGCAAGCAGCAGUCAGGAGGGAGAGGAGGUGAAGCAAGUCCUUGAGCCAGGCUCACACAAGGCUUUGGUAGCAGAGCAAAGAAAACAAGUGGCCACACCACUGGAGCACUGCCAAACUGAGACUCUGUCCAGCUCAGAGGCAGCCGAGCACAAUGCCAGGCCCGCAGUCAACCUGCUCCACAUCCUUCAGCAGGGCUGGGACCUCAGUAAAGUGCAGGCCCGGGUGGCCUUUUCUUCCUACCUGCAGCGAGUCCAGCAAAGACUGUUGGCUGAAAGCAGGGCCAACACAAUUCCAGCCUGGCCAGACAAGGACAACGACCAAAUGGAGCUGGUGAUUCGCUUCCUGAAAAGAGCAGCCAGUAACCUUCAACAAGACAUUAAGGUGGUCUUGCCCAGUCGCCAGCUUCCACUCCAAGACCGCAGACGAAUCCUGUCCGACCAACUGGGGGAGUUUAUUCACUGCUACAACAAGGAAACUGAUCGUAUUGUUAAAAAACAAGAGGACAGCAAGGAGGAGCAUUGUGUCAACGAUAGUGUGUUUGAGGAGUACAUCAGCACAGCAAGUGAAAAUGAUCUGGAGGAAGUUCUGACAUUUUACAUACAGAGAAACAAAUCAUCCACUGUCUUCCUGGGAACAAAAGUCAGGAGUGUUAAGAAAGACAUUUAUGAAGUGAAUGCUGCAGACAAUUCAGGCAACUGUCCUACUCCCAGGACUCUGCCUGUGGCCCGAGAGGAUUCCAGCGCUUCAGAGUCGUCGCUCUCAACAGGGAAAGUCAGCAGUGACCCAGACAUCAAGGUCACAGAGAGUCAGGCCGAUGAUCAGGCUGCAGUAAGAACGCUUAAAACCCAACCGGAGGUCCAGGCCUCUCAGCACUACUCCAGCUUUCCUGUGACGUUAGAUUGCACCCAUAUAUAUCAGCACUGCUCCUCUGCCUCGACGUCCCUGCCUCUGCAUUGUCCGCCACCGCCGCCUCCUUCACAGCCGCCGUCUUACGCCCAGUCAUUGGCAAAGUCUCAGUUCUGCCAUUCAGAGACUCACUCUCUUUCUGACCCUCCUGCAUACACCUCCACUGUCAUGGUCACACAGCCUCCAAGAGGGGUGUGGACAGCUGUUUCCUCUGGCUCUAACGCAGUCGCUACAGGGCAAACUACCCAGGUGCUCAGGAGGAUUCAGUCCUUUACCUCAUCGAUGCCCAGCUCUGGAGCAGGCUUGUCCCUUCCCAGUGCCACACAAAUUUACAGCCAGAAGCUCUCCAGACCCACAUCAGCAGGCCAAGUGAUGAAGAAGGGCAGCUCCAAUAAGCUGAAGUCAAAUUCAGUGGGCACAUUCAAGGAAUUAAACUCCCUAUCCGCCCAAGCCCAGUCUAACCAGCAGGCCUUCAUCUCCGCCCUGCAGAAGCUGGCCAACAAGCAGGUCACUCGCCACUACGCCAGCUCUAGUCACAUAAACCUGCUGACACAGCACCUGAGCAACCUGAACCUGGCCAACAAGAUGCUGGGUAGAGAGAGCUUCACACUGAAUCCUAAAGUGCGAAGUAGUGCUGCUACGACGCAUCGGCCAGUUAAAGCUGUUCACUCUGGAAAGGGCCAGUGCAGCACUAUAAGCCACAGACCCGUGAAGGAUCAAGAAAGUCUUUGGGACAUGCAGAUGCAGAACGCCUACAGCUUGGUUACAGGGGUGAACCCUCAGCAGCACUACCAGCCCUCACAAGGAAGCUACCAGCUUCAGUUUGCCAUCCAGAAACUACAACAGCAAAGACUUCAGUCUCAACAAUUUCAGGACCAAAGCCACUGCAGACAUCAGGCUCCAUUUCCAGAACAGACUCUACACUCCCAGCCUCCCACAAAAUCCUUCAGCUGCCCCCCUCCUGGCUUUCACAUUCAACCCGGUCACAGUCAUGGUCACAGCAACAUCCAAACCUGUGUCAGUCCUGUCCACACUCCAAAGCCACCCAGCAGUGCCAGAGAGGGACAGACCAGGAAAACAACAAAAAAGCGCCUCAUCAAGCAGACAUCGGCAGAGAGCUCCGCCAGUGGAAGCAUGUCUAGCGGCCCGCAUGGAGUCUACGAUGCCAUCUGCGGUAAAACAGGUCUUUCAGUGUACCAAAAGCUGUUCCCAAGCCAGGAGUCCACUCACAGAUGACACAAAUGCGACCAGAGGCGCUCCCUGCCCCUCUGCCAGCCUGACAGGUGUCUCUGCAUGUAACCACAUCCCAACAGAAGGUGUAUUCUGGGAAAGGACAACAGACUCAGAUGAAAGCAUGCCAGACAUCAGAACAGGGCUCUAUUAACUCCUCUGCGAUACAGCUACAGACAUGCGAGAGGAGAGUCUGCGAGGCCAGGAAUGCCAAGCUUUGACGCAGGUUGGGAUUUUGUUGCGCAGCUCGGCAUCAGUUGGCCUUUUCAGCUCUCUUACCCCAACUGCCCCCCCCCCCCUUUGGUUACACACAGCUUAUAUACCAACAGUUGUCUGUUCUCAUUCUCUCCAUGCUACUGAUGCCACGGACAGAUUUCACUGACAGAUACCCUUCAGCAGAUGCUUCUUUAAGCCCCACAGGCAUUUUAACUACAUUUUAUUCUUCGCUCAUGCAGUGGCAUAUGCACAGCUAGCAAUUCACAUCGAUUCACUCCCUUAAAAAGUUACUCAGACAGGUGAGAUUUUGGUUUUGGUGAGGGCUGUGGAGGUUUCUUGAGCAGCUGCCAUGAGUGGUAAGUGAGCUCUUUUUAUCUGUGGCUACUGGCAUUAACCAUUCCAACUCUUGACCUUGUUGGAAGCCAAAAUGCUGCCAAAUUAGAUGUUACGCCCAUUGCCUGAGGAUGCUUGAAAGUGCAGCAUCCUUUGCCUCAGACUUACAGAAAAAAAACAUAUAUAUCCUCUUAGAGCUUGUUUGGUUGCUGCCUUGUUACCUCAUUACAAGGACAAUGUAGCACUGUUGUCCAGCCCUUUAAAUAGUGGACAAAGUUGACUUGUGGGUAUUCCAUUUUAGAUGUUGAUGCGUUUUUUGUAGAUAGACAAAAUUUACUAAUAUUUGGAAAAUAUUUGUCAUUACAUCAGUAUUUAUUUGCUGUAUAUUGUCCAAAAAAGACCAUGUUGGCCAUUUCUGUAGCUCAACAGAAAAAAGGAUUAUGCUUAUGCACAGUCUUUUCCUAUUAUGAAGGUUAAGGGCCUGAGUCUUCUGCUACUGUUUUUUCCACUGGCAUUGCUCAUUUUCAAUUUAAAACCAAUUCAGUCCAACAUUUCAGCACCCAAAUUCCCCCAGUGAAGCUCUCAGUUGAAAUGUUCAACUCUUGGAACAGCACUUUCACUCAUCAGUGUCACUUCCCUCUCCCUGACCAGUCAAAAUCAAGAUAAGGUGGUACUUCUGAUCAGACUCAUCUUUUUGUUGGGGAUCUUUCCAUGUCUACAUUUUCCCUUUUUCGUCGGUUAAACUAUUUAUUAACAUGUUUUAUCACUUCAGGCCCACAAUCCCAGUCAAAAGCUCCAUCUAAACUGUAAAAUUGGCCAAAUAUUACACAACAAUCAUGCCAAUUGUUGAAGCAAUUCCGACCAAAGUUAGCAAAAUCCUGAUUAUUGGAUGGUUCUUAAAAUUAUUUUGCCAGAUUAUCCUGUGGUGGGUGGUGUGUAGCUUUUCCCUCUCCGACCUGAUCUGAGGAACCCCACCCCGAGAUCGUAAAUAUUAAACAUGUUUAAUUAUUACGAUCAGAAAUCCUGAUGUGUGUGGAGGACAGCAACACACACAAGCAGAAUUGUGAUAAACACUGCAAUGGACUUAGCAUGUAGCUAACUGCUAACCACAGAAGCUUCUUCACUCUAAAGUCAUGUUUGACUGCACAAGAUUUGUGGUUUGAAUAGAUGAGACCAGGCCAUGAUCAGAAUCUGUUAACGUGUGGUGUGCUGUGUUGAUCCUCCUUCUACACCACUCACUAUAGAAGAAAACUGGAAAAUCUGUAUAGCUGCCAUGAGUAGGGAUACCAAAAUCCAGUAACAACAUGGUACCAGUGCAGAUAUGUCCAACACCUAAUUACAACACAGAUAUCAAUACUUCAUUUUGAUACCCUGCCACCAAAUGGAAGGCAAGAAAAUCAUUAUGGAAUAUGUGUUAUUUAUGUGUUAAGUUACACCAGUUUCCUUUUCUUACCCCAUAUUCGACUGGCAUCUUAGAAAGAUAUGUCUGUGACUCAUUUACGAUAGACAGCUUUUAGUCUCCUUCUGACUUUCAACACACUCUUUCCUCUCAAAAGUAUCAAAUCAGGCACCAGCGCAUAUAGAAAUCAUCGAUUUGACACCAAUAUCAAUCCCUAGCCAUGUGUGGGGUCUCUCAUAUUGAAAAACAUAGGUUACGAUUAAAAAAAUCUUUGUGUGGAAGGCUUAACACAGCAGCCAACCACUAGUAACACUAUAGUUUUUCUAAACUAUACCUUCUACUACCGACUACCUUCUUGCUGCCACCAUGCUUGUUAAUUUUAUAUAAACAACCGCUACCUGCAAGCACUGAUAUCAUUUCGUGGGAACCGCACGGUUUGGAGCUAUUUUGAGAAGAAAAUGUGUAUAAAGUUGUCUAGAGGCUGUCAGGUUAUACUCACAUACAACCAAAGCACUGACUGACAACAUUAAGAAUAGGAAUGUGGGCAUUAGCCUGCAAAGAGAAUUGAAGACCUGUGGUGCCAGUGCUGCUAACUUUAGCCACAUUCUGUAAAACAACUUGGCAUUGUUACAGUGUACCUUGUGAAGUUGACUUAAAGAAUGUGUUUAUUUGACUCAAGACUUGUCAGCUACACAGUAUUAUAAUUUGCUCUAAAUUGGAUGGGGAAUUAUUCGCCAUGAACAUCCCUAGAUGAAAGUGCUGCUAGCGGUAAAACAACAGCUGUGGACUCUGGCCCUAAAGCUGCACCAGCAGACUAAUGUUUUCACUUAUUUCCUGUUGCUU